CUCUGCAGGAAGGCGAGACAUUCGACCAGCGGGCCUUCAAAGGCGCGCUCAGCAGCAUCGCCAACGAGAGCCACACCAUGGACGCCCCCAGCUCUAGGAUCUCGAACACGACGGGCGAGAAACUGGCCAUUGCACAAGCUCUCAUGUGGCAUUCGGCGACCGCAGAGACCCAGCGUGCGCGCAUGCACACCGACUGCGAGACGGCCAUUAAUCUAUGCAAUGGGAUAGCUACAUCCUCGGCGGACGAGCAUCUAUCACGCUUUCUGAAGGUCAUAUACGACAUGGUACGCACCGAGACCAACGUAACAGUGGUACAUGUACCAAGCCAUGAAAGCACGCCUUGGAACGAGCUUGCGGACGGCCUGGCCAAAAGGACACGACGGCGAUACGACAAGGGCGAAGACUACGACGUCAUCCCGUACAACUUCAAGGACAUUAUCAGAGACCUGCGCAACGACGACAAUUCCAAAAACAUAAGCUCCAUAUUGUCGGCAUUCAGGAAGCGAGGCGCGAGCGGAAGGACCACUGCCAGCAACGGCUACUACAUCAGCAGCAGCCUUCGCGACAACUACAAUGCGGGAUGCGAGCUUUGGAUAUACCUGGAGGGGCCGUUCGCGGAUGGGGGGAGCGGUCUCCAGCACUUCGAGCCGAGCCAGUUUCACGUACUAGUCAGCGAGCCCCGCGUACUCAUUGUCAAGAUCGAAACCAGCCCUGUCAAGUUGACCAUCUGCGUCAGCCACGCUCCACAUAACAAAAAGAACGACGAUGACAAGAACAACUAUUGGGAGGCACGAAACGAGUGCAUAAGGAAAUGCAAACCAGACAUCAAACUGACCGAUGCCAACGGCAGGGCGGGCGAAGUGCAAACUCAAUGGGUCGGCGGAGAAGGGCCCCCACAAACAGAGGACGGCAACGGUAGAAGGCUGCGCGAGAUGGCCGCAGAGGGAAGGUACACCAUCAUCAACACGAAGAUCUCCAACGGCAAGAACCACCACGCGUGGCGCGACGGACGCGGCAACGAGCAUCGAAUAUAUUACAUAUUGACUAACGAGACGUGGACGCCACAGAUUAUAGAUGUUCACACACUCAACGACAUCGAGACCAUGAAGAAGCAGAAGAAGCACGACAACAACAGAGAAGACCACACUCCAGUCGCGGCAACAGCGCAGUGGACGGGUCGACAUACGGCACCUAGGCAUUUCUGCCCGAAGGCCGAUAGGAACCAGUUGAGGUCCGAAGAGGCGGUACGAAAGUUCAAGAACGAGCUCAAUUCCACGAUGCUCCGAACAUGGGGCCUGGACUACGACGAGCACGUCUACUACUACAUGCUGACCAGUAUGGAGGCGACACAUAGAUCCUUCGCACGAAAGGGCCGAAAGAAGUUCCAGGAGUACAUAUCACAAGAGACACUGGCUUUCAUCAUGUGCCGCAGGAAACUUAUGCAAUAUAUCCGGGCGGCUUCAGACGACGGGCUACAGCAUCCAGUGACAAAACGACGAGCGCAAAAACUACUGGAGUACAUAAACGGAGAUCCUGCAUUACAGAUGCCCAUCGAAGCCAUCCAAUACGCCUAUUGUGAGACAUUUCGGCUGCAUUAUGUGGCCCAACAGGACAUCAGCAAGCUCGACGACCAGUACUCCCUCGAUUCCGUCAAGCAAUGGAUUACCACCGCCAGGAAGAGCAUCGUGAAGAUGAUCGACAGACACUACAAGCACUUCCUGGAGGAGCAAGCCCAGCUCGCCAUGGAAGCAAAAAGCAGCGGCGACGCCUACACAUAA